CCCAGGGGGUUGAGAGCACUAAGCCUGUCCUGUCCGGCCUGUCCCCGUCAUCCCCAGGCAGAUUCAGCUGCUGACAGCUGCUUGCGAGUCUGCCGCAAGGCCCUGGUCCCAGACCGCCAUCUGUCCUCUCAGCCGCUCCAGAGCUACAACCUCUCCAUGGCCGAGAAGGACGAGGAGGCCGCUGCCGCAGCGCCUGCUUCCCAGAAUGGGGAGGAUCUGGAAAACCUGGAGGACCCCGAGAAGCUGAAGGAGCUGAUUGAACUGCCGCCCUUUGAGAUAGUCACAGGGGAGCGGCUGCCUGUCAACUUCUUCAAGUUUCAGUUCCGGAAUGUGGAAUACAGCUCCGGGCGCAACAAAACCUUUCUCUGCUAUGUGGUUGAAGCGCAGAGCAAGGGAGGCCAAGUGCAGGCCACCCGGGGAUACCUAGAGGAUGAGCAUGCCGCAGCCCAUGCGGAGGAAGCCUUCUUCAACAACAUCAUGCCAGCCUUCGAUUCGGCCCUGCGGUACAGUGUCACCUGGUACGUGUCCUCCAGCCCCUGCGCGGCUUGCGCCGACCGCAUCGUCAAAACCCUCAGCAACGCCAAGAACCUGCGCCUGCUCAUUCUGGUGGGGCGCCUCUUCAUGUGGGAGGAGCCGGAGAUCCGGGCAGCGAUCCGGAAGCUGAAGGAGGCUGGCUGCAAGCUGCGCAUCAUGAAGCCCCAGGACUUCGAAUACGUCUGGCAGAAUUUUGUGGAGCAAGAGGAGGGCCAAUCCAAGGCCUUUGAGCCCUGGGAGGACAUUCAGGAGAACUUCCUGUACUACGAGGAGAAGUUGGCAGACAUCCUGAAGUAGGCGCUGCACGUAGCCUCACGUCUGCCUGCUACCAUAGAGACAGCAAUGACCUGUGUGGCCAUCUGGGAUAUGCCUGACUUCUAAUACCACUUGGCACUGGACAACAUUCAACACCAGUGAAUCCUACUACAUGUGCCCUCCAAGGACUUUAAAUACACUUCUCCUGCUUUAAAUUAUUUAAGCUGUGCCUCGUUUUCUAUGACUGCUGUUGGGAAAGAGGAAAGUGAGUUACAAGGAGGAAUGGUAAACACGUAUGGGCACCAGGCAUCCGUGGGACUGAAGAUCCUAAUUAUUCCCCCAAAUGGGCUGCUUAAGGCAAAAAGCCUCAGACCCAAGGUCUGCACAGAUCUUUGAAAUGUCCAGAAUGCAUUUUAUGUUAAUUUGCCUUUUUUAAGUAAGAAAAACACAUUAAUAAAAUAAGUGGUAUGGGUU